AAUGGAUGAAAAAGUUAUAAACUUUUCAAAGAUGUAUCACGACAUUGUAUCAAGUUUACAAGUGACUUUGUUAACAAAACAUGCAGAGUUUAAUGUGGAAGAAUAAGCAUUGGAUACUAGCGCCACCUGUUGAACAAAACAAAAUGCAGACGGAAGAAAUAAAUCCUGAUUUAGCAAUCCGUAAAGUAGCUCUCCUAUUUGAGGGUAAGAAAUUUGAAGAAUGUGCGAGCUUAUUAAAUAAACUUCGCCCUGAAGUUGUCUAUGACAUCAUUAAACAUUUACCCAAUGCAGGUUUCAUCGAAGCAAUACCGCAAACUCUCAGUAUUAUUGAAGCACUAUGUUUAAAAGUUUACUGCAAAGAUAGCAGAUUUCCAACAAAAUCAUUGCCUCCAGAUAAGAUUAUAUCGAAGCUGGUAGAAUGGUUUGCACGAAUAGAUGAUGCAAGUCUGCCGGUAAAUUUGAACCAGGAUCAUUUCAUGCCAGCUUGUCGUAAUGUAGUGUCAGUCCUUGUUAAUGUGGAUCCUAGGGUGAGGAAUAGACUCCAUCGGAGGUCAAAGUCAUUUGUCAGCUCUCUAGAAGGAUUAGGAAACCAUGCAUUAGUCGACACCUCAGAGAAAAAGCUCAUGAACUUACACGAUGCUCUGAAAAUUGAGUUUGAAAAAACAGUUUCUCAAUACAAAGGUGCUCUUGGUAAACUAGAAGAGCUAAGACUGUCAAACAAAAUCCCUGUGUCUAGUUCAGUGAAUAAAGGACCAGCUCCGAGCGUGGCUAGCCAUCAACGGAUGAUGCAAAUGAGCCUGAUUGAUAUCCAAGAAAGAAUCUUUAAAAAUAAAUCUCUUCUAAAUGUCAUUGAGCCAGCAAUAACAAACCAAUAUCUUACAUCAUUACUUAUCAUAUUAGAACAACGUAUUGACGCAGACAAAGCAGUGCUUAAUAACUAUAAUGUUCUACGCAAGGAGAUCCCGAGCAUGCCCCACAAUCCAAUCGUAGCACCAACGUUUCAACAAUUUUCCCAGGGAUACCAACGUAUGCUUGAUCUGAUACAAGAUGUCUCCCCAUGGGAUGAUGAGGAGGGUUUCUAUAGUGACGACACAGACCCAGAUAUUAUCAGCAUUUCGGGUAAAAAUUUAGGUGCGGGAAGUGUACCUGCUACUAGUAGAGAGAGCCUGGUGAAGUUACCAUUGACCCACCCUCCUCAACGCAGUGUUAGCAAUCCAGUCAACCCAGCACACUUUAGAGGUUCCCCAAAGGCCCAGAGACCUGAAAGUGACCGAGUUAUAAAACCACCUAGUCUGAAAGGCAUUCCUGUGAACGGGGCAUCUAAUGGAAGUGUCCCCCUCUCUGCACCCAUACCCCCGGGGACAGAGAGUAAGGAAAUGGCAGAGCUGAGGAGUGAGGUGAAGACCCUCAAAGCAGAACUAAACAAGGCCAGGGAGACCAUCAAUAGACUACAAGCUAAGGAGAAAAGUUUAGCUGAUAGAUUGUCUGAACAAGCCAUCAAACAACUCGAGAAAGGAACAAAAUUUGAAGAUCUCAAUCUUGGAGAAAACAGACCAACUCAGUUGAUACGUCGCUAUGGUAACCUACACUCAGGCACCAGGGUAGAUGCAUUAGAUGCUCUUGACAGUCUGCCAGACAUUGCAGACUAUGAUGACCUGAAAGCAAAGCUCUUGUUCUCUGUUGUCGUGCUCUCAUUCAGAUCUGUUCAAGCCACAUUGGAUGAAAUGAGACAGACAGUCAGACAGACCCUGUACCUACCAAAUGAGAACAGUCCCUCAUCUCCUGACCCUAUUGUCAAAGAUGUAGAAGACACUAUUAGUGUUUAUCUUAGAAAGACAGUCGACAGAUUUGAUUUUAAGAAUAAUGUAGAGGAAGUAUGUUCACAAGUCUACGCAACGUUAUAUGACUACCCGAGCCUCAAGUCCUGUUUUGAACUACGCGACUAUGUGGAAGAAUGUGUGAAACUCUCCUGGGCAUUAUCAGUCCAAAUUCCACAUUUUGUAAUAGACUAUGAUGCUUCUAUGUUCAAUCCGGAUCUACAUACACGUUUUCACUCAUCCAACCCAGAAUCUACCGCAAUACAAGGUUUCUUGUGGCCCUCGUUACGAGAAGGGCAAGAUGGACAGUGUGUUUACAAAGGUGUCGUGAUUACAUGAUGAAGACCAAGGAAUCACAUUUCAGAUUUUAGUGAAAUGUGCAAGGAAUUAAGCAAACAGGCCUGAAGAGUGAAAUUUAAAAUUGUAGAGAAAAACAUAAAAGAAAAUAUUUUAUUCAGCUGAGAUUGUAGAAAAUAAGAUGCAAGACCUAAAUGACAUCUGACCAUGUUCUGAUUGGUUAGUUGCAUAUUAGUCUCUGAGAAUGGAAGUGAUGAUAUUACGUGUAUGUUUAUAAUCUAUAUAUUAGAAUUAGAGCACGGGAUAUCAUAACUUUUUCUCGGAAAAUAUGAAAUUCAGCAAUAAUUAACUGCAAAUGUUAUUACAGCUGAAUGAAACCUAUAUCAAAGAAACUUACAUAUGAAUAGUAAAAGGAUUUACAUUUGAUAUGAUUUGGUGUGUAGUAUAUCGACAUGUUAGAUAUGAGUAGUAUAGUUACAACACCUAUGUAGUAUAGUUACAUGAGAGAGUGCAUCAAAAAGAUACAUCAAAGGAAUUUAUACAUGAGAUUUUUUGUAAAAUUAAAUGAUAUAUACAGUUGUAAAAAGUAGUUCCAUGAAAGAAGUACAGCAGUGUAGUGUAGUUACAUGAAAAAAAUACACAUACACCUUUCAGAAAGUUCAAUAACCAAUAAUGGAAUGUUGCAUCAUAAG